CUCAACCCUGCCGGCCUUUAUACCGUCCUACCUGUUUAGUAGCGGCCGAUGCCGCCUCCUCUCAUCGCCCAAAGUCUCAAGAAUCCUCGCAUUGGGAGCGAUCGCUGUGGCUGGCGAUACCCUCUCACUUGAUCUCCGUCCUAAGCGGAAGCGCUAUUCUCUUCUCCCUCACCUGCUUGAUUCUGGGGGUUCCAACUGCAUUGUGAAGCGAUGGCAAAAGAAAAAAAGCGCACAAAGGAAUCUAAUUCUUCAAUAAAGGAUUCCAAAAGCUUUAAUCGCAAACUAGAAAAGAAACAAAAGUUCUAUGCAAAAGUUAAAGAUGCUGUUGUUUCCUUGAGUGCAAAAAAAUCAAUUGGCAAGAAAAAGAGAGAGAGAAGACAGCGUAAGUUGAAGGCAUAUGAUCUUUCAGCCCUUUCCGAAUUUCUUCCAGAUUUGAACACCAUCCAGAGGCCUAUUAGUUCCAAAAACUCUAAGCCAAACUCCAAGGACAGGCAGAAACUAGUCCAAAUAGAAGGCGCUCACUUGAAGCGGGUGUUGGAUGAUCCUGUGUUCCAGAUGGACCCACUUGCUGCCAUCCACGAACAUCUAAGGAGGACUCAGCCUCCUCCAGAAACAGUCAAGGAAUGGAUCUCCGGAAAAAAACAGAGCAAAAAAAAGAAGAAGAAACCCUCAUCUGGCUCUCAGUUGAUGGAUAUAUGACGCAUUCCUUCCUACCUGCAUCUUUCAACUAUUUGGCAUUUAAUACUAUACUCUUAAAUUUAUCCCUUGCACUAAUCAGCCCGUUGGCAUUUAUCAGUGGUCAUAGUUGAUCGUCGCCAUAACCCCUGGGAUACUUUGUCGUCGACAUUAGCAUCUCAGUUUAGCCUCCAUUCAUCAUCAAGGGUGUCCGCAAGGUCCUAUUCCUCGUAGUGGAUGGCAUCAUGCAUGACCUUGUUAGUUGCACAAUUCUUCAUCGCCCGUACAUGAAGGUGAUAGCUCAUUGUUGGUUUGAUUGGUGUUUCUUCUCCCCUUUGCUUUUUAAUUUCUACGUUUGGUUUUGAUUUAGUUUUGUGUUUGGAUCACUUGAAACUGUAACCAAAGAUAAUCUGUUUGAUCAUUAUAUCACUUGUGUUUUCACAGGGUGGUCGAACCCUGAUUCAAUACAAUAAGCUUGUGUCCAA